CACGACCUCCACGUAGCCGUCCUGCGAUCGUUUGCAGUAUCCCACCCCGAGUGUCUGUCACUCCUCAAAUACCAACCGUCAUCUCCCCUCCCUUCCACGUACUCAAUCAUGUCCGUUAAUCCUUCUGCCAUCUCAUCAUCUCCAUCCCCUGCUUCAGAAGCGGGCCCUUCAAGAAAGCGCCCACGCUCUGAAAUUUCCUCAGAAGAGCGUAAGGAAGCUAGGGCACAUCGUAAUCGUAUCGCCGCCCAGAACUCUCGCGACCGCCGAAAGGCCCAGUUUUCUUACCUUGAGCGCCGAGUCGCUGAGCUCGAGGAGGAGAACCGCCAACUCCGUGUGGGAAUGGCACCCGGCCACUCGUUAGCCGAUGAGCAACGAGCAGCUGACAAAGCCCGGGAGCGGGAGAACGAAGAACUGAGAGAGCGUAUUAAGACGCUGGAGAAGGGAUGGGAUGCUGUCGUAAAGGCACUCGCCGCUAAUGGUGUGCCGACGGGUCUCCCGUUACCAUCAUCAGAGCCGGCUACUGCACCGCAACAGCCAGCACAGACCCCUACUCAAACGAAUUUGCCUCCGCAGACGGAGCCUAUACUAACCCAAAUAACACCACUUUCACCCGCUCCCUCACAUUCCUCUUUGGAAUUCGGUAGCCCCAUGUUCUCCGCUUCUUCUCCCUCCUCUUCUGAUGUGUCUGACAUCGAGCCCACUCGCCACCUAGCACGGGUGGCGACCACCAGCGGACCAGUUAGCUCUGGUACCAUGACACGUGAAGAGCAACCUCCCGUCGACGACGCUACUAUGGAAACACUCUUCCGCGAAAUCCUCGCUAGUUCCCCGGAGACGGCACUUCUACCUCUUGAGGCAGAGACGCCACUGUCAGCUCCCUCGACGGAAGUAGCGUCUCUUCCGAGGUUUGACGAGAUGGCUAAGGGAAGUCUCUUGUUGAGUGGAGUCGAGGCCGAGAUGGAUCUGAAUAUCAACUGGGGUCAUGAGGACCAUGAUGUCCAGAGGCUACUAGAAUUGUUGCCUAGUGAGCAACCGGUCGAGUAUCCGGGCUGGGAGUCGUUUAAUUCGGCGACUGUCGGGGUGUUCUAA